UUAGCAGACUGCAUGGAUUAUAAUUUGAAGGUUAAGUCAAGAAGAAAGCAUGGCGUCGCGAAUGGCAAAGAGGUUUUAUCGUCUUGAAGGAGUAGAUGACUUAACUUUGGACCAAGGCGCAACUGCAGAAGCAGAAAAUCGAUGGGUGUUCGAAACUUCGUGGGAAGUUUGCAACAAAGUGGGAGGGAUUUAUACUGUGAUCCGAUCUAAGGCUGGAAUUAGCACUGAAGAACUUGGUGAACAGUACUGUCUUAUGGGACCUCAUAAUGAAGCCAUGGUGCGCACAGAGGUGGAGUGUAUGGAACCACCAGAGAGUGUAUUCAGGACAGCCUUGCAAAACAUUAGAAACAGUGGAAUUAGGGUCACAUAUGGACGAUGGUUGAUUGAUGGCUACCCACGAGUCAUCUUAUUUGACAUUGGGUCAGCAGCUUGGAAACUAGAUGAAUGGAAACGAGAAUUGUGGAACACGUGUAACAUUGGAGUUCCUUGGCAUGAUAGGGAAUCAAAUGAUGCUAUAAUAUUUGGUUUCUUGGUUACGUGGUUUUUAGAAGAAUUUUUGAAAGAAUUAUCAAAAGAAAGAAGUCGUCCCCUUAUUGUGGCUCAUUUUCAUGAAUGGUUAGCAGGUAUUGGUUUGGUAUUGUGUCGGACACGACACUUGGAUAUAGCCACAGUGUUCACAACACAUGCCACUCUGCUUGGAAGAUACUUGUGUGCUGCUAAUGUUGACUUUUAUAACAGUCUUGAUAAGUUCAACUUAGACAAAGAAGCUGGAGAUCGCAGCAUCUACCAUCGUUACUGCAUGGAACGAGCUGCUGUUCAUAGUGCCCACAUCUUCACCACUGUCUCCGACAUUACUGCCCUUGAAGCAGAACACCUGCUGAAAAGAAAGCCUGACAUAGUAACACCAAAUGGGCUGAAUGUGAAGAAGUUUAGUGCACUUCAUGAAUUUCAGAAUCUUCAUGCUUUAGCAAAAGAAAAAAUUCACGACUUUGUCAGAGGUCAUUUCUAUGGACAUUAUGACUUUGACCUGGACAAAACUCUUUAUUGUUUCAUUGCGGGACGUUAUGAAUUUUCAAACAAAGGAGCUGACAUGUUCAUUGAAGCCCUUGCUCGUCUGAAUCACUUUCUUAAGGCUGCAGGAAGUGAUAUGACUGUUGUUGCAUUUCUCAUUUUUCCUGCUCGGAUAAACAAUUUUAAUGUUGAAUCUCUACGAGGUCAAGCUAUUUGUAAACAACUUCGUGAUACUGUACAUGACAUACAGUCUAAGAUUGGAAAGAGGAUGUUUGAAGUAUGUUUAAGUGGCCAGAUACCUAAAGGAGAUCAGCUGAUUUUACCAGAAGAUAUUGUGAAAUUAAAAAGAUGUAUUUAUGCUACUCAGCGAACAACCUUGCCACCUAUUUGUUCCCACAACAUGAUUGAUGAUUCCUCAGACCCAGUUUUGUCUUCUAUACGACGAUGUCAGUUAUUCAACAAUCGCCAUGAUCGUGUUAAAGUAAUAUUUCAUCCUGAAUUUUUAUCUUCUACCAAUCCUCUGUUUAGUAUGGACUAUGAAGAAUUUGUACGUGGUUGUCAUUUAGGAGUUUUUCCAUCUUACUAUGAGCCUUGGGGUUAUACGCCAGCUGAGUGCACCGUGAUGGGAAUCCCUAGUGUCACAACUAAUUUAUCUGGAUUUGGAUGCUUCAUUGCUGAACAUGUGGCUGAUCCAAUGUCGUAUGGAAUAUAUAUUGUAGAUCGCCGAUUUAAGAACCCAGAAGAAUCUGUUCAACAGUUAGCUCAGUACUUGUUUGACUUUACUUGCUUGUCUCGACGGCAACGUAUUAUCCAACGUAACCGAACAGAAAGACUGAGUGAUCUUUUAGACUGGCGGAACUUGGGUGUAUAUUAUAGGAAAGGUAGACAAAUGGCUCUGCAUAUUACUCACCCAGAGAUCUUGGAUGAAGAAUCUAUGAAUGGCAAACUUCAACUUCGUUAUCCAAGACCAAUGUCGGAGCCACCGUCUCCUCUCAGCUCAAGGGCUUCAACUCCAGCUCCAUCAGAACAUGGUAGUGAUGAAGACUCUGGUGAAGAGCACGAAGAAAUACUAUCUGGUUCAAACUCAGCAAGCCGGUAGCCCAAUAAUGACACAAGUGUUUGUUAACAUGGUCAAAAUUUUGCUUGCUUAGCCUUGUAGGAUUCAAUUGACUCUACUUAUUAUAUUUAGUGUCAGAUGAAUGAAAUAGAUGUUAAUUAGUUUUUGCUUGAAUUGGACUUUUUUUCUUUCUUGAGUUAUACUAUCAGUGUUGUUUUGAUGAAACAGCUGUGUUACUGAUAAGUACAGUCAAAAAGUUAUGAAAAUUAAGCUCUUCCUCCAUUGGAAGAUGUUUCUAAUAUAAAAAUUACUAUAACCAACAAUUAAGUACUUCAAAAGAUCAGUAUGAACAGAUAUUGAAAAGGCAUCUAAGACUUUUAAAACAAAAUCUGCAUUACUUCUUUGAAAAGUUAGUAGAGGGGCUUCUAUAUAUGAGCUUGUGCUAUGGAAAGAAAUUCCUUAAUGAAUUGAGAUCUAAAUAUCUGUUUUUAAGAGAAUAAUUAAAAAUUAAAUGUUAUCUCAGGUUUAUUAUUAUAUGAGCAUUUCUCAAAAUUAACUUUUUGUAGGUUUGUGGAAUCUUGUUGCAAUUUCCAAGUACACCAGAUUUAUUUCACAUGUAAAGAAAUGGUCUAAACUUCUUUGUUUUAUAAGAAUCUCAGAAAAAAUCUAAUAUGAAAUUGCUUUAGAUAUCAGUUUUUAGUUUGUGUGUUGAUAGUCACAUGUUUGUUUUUGUUUGUUUUUUUACAUUAGAGGUGCCAACAAUCUUCAUAUUAAAAGUAGUGUAUGUAAACAGUAGUGAGACCUUAACUAUUAUGUAAUGAGGUAUUGGCAGUACCACUAUCCUUUUGCUUUGAGUAAUUGUUGUUGUUAUUAACCUAAAACUAAUUCAUUUUCAUCAAGACGUGUCAUUAUGUUUUUGAAAUUAACCAAUAAAGUAUCAGUAUUUGUUAGAA